AUGUCGUCAAAAGCAGCAACACCAGAACUCAAGAAGUACAUGGACAAGCGUGUCUUCAUCCAGCUGAACGGCGACAGAAAGGUCACAGGAGUUCUCAGAGGAUUUGACCCCUUCAUGAACUUGGUCCUGGACGAGGCUGUCGAGGAGACCAACCCCGAGAAGAAGAACCCCAUCGGCAUGGUUGUUCUCCGUGGAAACAGUGUUGUUGUUCUGGAGGCACUUGACAGGAUCGGGAACUAG